CUCAUUCUUCCAGUUCAGUGUUCAACGUGAAACAUGUGCCGGCGCUAGUCGUGAAGAUUUUUGGUUGAUUUCGUGCAUUUAUCGAAGAAAUUCAGCCCGUUUUGUGAUAUUUAGUGACCACCUCCACACCGAAAAUGAACAUCAACGCCCUGCCGGAGGAAUUCCCUCCCAGCAACAUCGAUUUGAAGCGCAAAGAAGUGUCGCACAUUUCGGCCUGGCGAGACAAGGAGGAAUUUAACGCAGUCUACAAGCAGAUCUUCUGCUCGCCGAAGAGCGACAUCGGGGCGCGGGAACGUGCCGCGGAGACGCUCAAGGUGUGGAAAAUCCGCCAGAAUCGGCACACCCCGGUCAGUGUGCUGUGCACGUUGGCCAUCCUGGAGGUGCAGAAUCGCGAUUCGCGGCAGGGUGACAAGGUGCAGGCUAACGAGUUGAAGAGCUUGUACUCGGGUGCGUUUACGAGGUUUAUCAACUUCUUGACGGAAUGCCACCAGCAGAGUGGAGCCGGCAGGAAGGGUUCGAUUUCGGCCCGGAUGAAGGAGAUCGGUAUUGAGGGUUUUCUGGUGGAGCUGCGACAUUUGUGCGCGCACAGUUCGGUGUCGAUUUCGUUGGAUGUGUUCCGGCGAUCGGCGGAAUACUGCAUGAACUGGCUGAAGGUUUGCUACUGGAAGAGGGAAUUGCAGUUGAUUCAGAGUUGCGACGGAAGGCAGGUUAAGGGUGGCACGCUGUUGGAUAAAAUUGGGGAUGAUUUACGGUACUUGGUCAGCGUGUACGAUAUUGCGACGAAGGCGAUCCACAAGGGUGCAAGGAUGAUCGUUGGAAGUGAGCAACACUUGACGAGUUCCCAGUUCAAACUACUGAAAGAGCACGCCGAAGCCAACAACGAAAAUCAGCUGAGCACGAUCGUUUCAGACGUGGUUGAAUACAUCUUAGAGAAACUGAAAUUUCCCAAAACGCCGGAAGCAACUCCAGCAAUCUGCGACGUUCUACUCAACUGCCAGUACAUGUUUGAAGCAGCGGCCAAAGGACAAACCCAAGGACUUGCUCACAUCCAUCAACAAUUCGUUCAAACCCUCGUCGUCAAAGGGUUCAUUCAAAUCUACCUCGAAAAGCUGAUCGCCAUCUGCGAGGAUGACCUGGAAGCACCGGAACGUCGCCAAGGGGCCAGGUUCUGGGCCACGGAAAUUGCGCUCGCCUUCCGACUGCUGAAAAAGUUCAAGAAACUGCUCAAAGCACUCCCCGAGCGAACGCACCAAUACAAACAGCAGGAUCAUAAACGCAAAAUGUCCAAAACGGUGCUCGCGAUCUACCAGAACAAGCUGCGCGUAGACCUGCAGAACACGAUUAUCAUCGGAACGUCGGUCAACUGCCCGUGGCAUCUGCGAUUGUCCCGCGGCUAUCUGAUGGAGCGCAUUCUGAACGUCAACGAGUACACCAAGGAGCUGUUGCCACUAAUUCUCGCCCUGGCGGAACCGCACCUCAAGCUGUCUCAGCGGGAGUCCAUCGAAGCGGCGACUGAAAAGUACACCCUCAACUAUCUGGCCGUCAUCGAGGAUCAGCCCGACGAGUUGCCUUCGUCGACGCCGAAACGGUCCGCCGCUGCCGGCAACCGAUCCCAGGCCAAGGUUUACUCGCUGGAGGACGUGCUGAAGCAUACGGCCGAAGGAGGCGGCGAGGAGGCUCCGGCAAGCAAAAAGGCGCGCAAGUUUGGGGUUUGGUCGGAGGUUCCGAUUGAUGAGGGAGCCGACUGGGGCCAGUGUCCGCUGGGGAAGCUGAUGUGGGAUUGAGUACGCGUCAAUAAAACUGUUGCAAUAUGC